GCGGUCGCCGUUUCCAGUAAGUGAUAUCUCCUUUUCGUUCACGUGCUAGGCGACGUCUAUGGGCGGAGGCUUCGCCCUCUGACCCUCCUCACCGGCGGCGCACGUGCAGAGGGAGGAGACGGGUAGCGAGAGGACGUCCUCUCUUCUUCAUCUUCCACGCCGCCGUCUGUGUACCAGCUGGACUGGCUGUAGCUGAUUCCACCAAUCACAGUCAUUCUUGCUUUUUGUCCUCGCCAGGCGGGGGAGAAGCCAGGAAGCGGGAGACAGAGACGCAGGGCCGCGGGCGCGCGCGCGCGCGCGCNGAGAGAGAGAGAGAGAGAGAGAGAGAGAGAGAGAGAGAGAGAGAGAGAGAGAGAAGCAAAUUUAUGCUGUUCUGGAGCUUGACAGUGCCGGGAGAGUUGGCAAUCAGCAAGCUUUCUGGAACAGCAGUGAGAACAAAUGAGCAGAGCAAUGUCAGAAUCACAGAGCCAGACCAUGGACUAACAUGCGAGCAACGGAAUGUGUGCUUUCAGGCUGCAGAAGAAGAGAAGUUGCGGAGGGAAUUUGAAGCGGAGGGUCGGAAAAUACCCCCAAAGGUGAAAUCGGAGACUUUUGAUUCGAAUGUAAUCACGCCGGGAACAGAGUUCAUGGCCAGUUUGGCUAUUGCCCUGCAGUACUACAUCCAUUUGCGGUUGAAUUAUGACCCAGGCUGGCGAAAUGUUAAGGUUAUUUUGUCAGAUGCGAAUGUACCUGGGGAGGGGGAACACAAGAUUAUGGCGUACAUUCGUCUUCAGAGAAAUCUUCCUGGGUUCGACCCAAACACAAGGCAUUGUCUGUACGGAUUGGAUGCAGAUCUCAUUAUGCUUUCUCUUGCAACCCACGAGAUACACUUCACCAUUCUUCGGGAGAUUGUGUUCCUGCCUCAGGGGAAGGACGCUUGUUUCCUAUGUGGGCAGCAAGGUCAUCUGGCUGCGGACUGUGAAGGAAAGCCGAAGCGUAAACCGGGUGACGAAGGCGAUCCAGGAGCAGAAGUAGAGGUGGUGAAGAAGCCUUUUCAGUAUUUGCAGGUGUGGAUAUUGCGAGAGUACUUGGGAUAUGACCUGGCAAUAAAAGACGCUCCGUUUGAAGUCGAUUUUGAAAGGGUGAUAGACGAUUUUGUCUUCAUAUGCUUCUUUGUUGGGAACGACUUCUUGCCUCACAUGCCGACACUUGAGAUCCGGGAGGGCGCUAUCCCAUUGCUGAUGAGUAUCUAUGUGAGGGAGUUCAAGAACAUUGGGGGCUACCUUACAGACAGCGGUGAGGUUAAUCUGAAGCGGGUGGAGAAAUUCAUUCGAAUUGUUGGCUCCCAUGAAGAUGACAUUUUCAGAAAACGAGCUCGCGUUCAUCAGCGCCAAAUGGAUAGGCGCAAGAGAGAGAAGGGGCAGCUACGGAGAGGGUCAGAUGCAGAACCAACCACGAUCCCAGACUCGCUUGUUGCCGUGAAUGCGUCCCGACGACAGUUUAAUCAGUCAGGACAGGCACAGCGGCAGUAUGCUCAGAGUGGAGGGAUGGCUCCGAAUCACUUUGAUAAUUCAAGGCAACCAGAGGGGCAAUUCCAUAACAAUGCAAGGCAGCCCCAAUCAAAGUACGAUCACUCGAGGGCACCCAAUUCUCAGGGGCAAUAUGACCGUGGAAGGCCUCCCCCUGCACAAGGACAGUUUGAUGCUCACGGAAGGCCUUUGCCUCCACAGGCACAGUAUGACCACUUAAGGCCCUCCCAGGAUCAGUUCGACCCUGCAAGACAGCAAUACCAGGGUUCAUUUGAUCAGGGGGGGCAGUCCCAGGGAGGGCUUGAUCAGACGACUUACCCUCCCAACGCAAGCGACAUGCCAUCCUCCAGUAACUCUGAGGCAGAAAAGUUCCUGAUGGAAACCCUUCUUGCUGCAUACCAAGAACGAGCAGGAUCCAAGGCUGGACUGUCCAAUGCCCAAAGUAAUGGACCUGGACCGAUUCCAAAGAAGCUGAAAAUAGAGGAGGGAAACAGCAGUGUCAGUGCUGGCCAAGAGGAUCCCGAAACGACUGUGCAGAUGAAACAGAAUGCAGAUGAGCUCAAGGCAAAGUUAAAGACGAGUAUGAAGGACAAGUCGGAUUUGUUCAAUGCGGAAGAGCAGCCUCAGGACUCGGUAAGGCUUGGGGAAGAGGGUUGGAAGGAAAGAUAUUACCGGGAGAAGCUUGGAGCAACGAACCCGGAACAGAUGGAGGAGAUUCGCAGGGAUGUGGUGUACAAAUAUGUGGAGGGACUAUGCUGGGUUCUGCGGUAUUACUAUCAAGGUGUCUGCUCUUGGAACUGGUUUUAUCCGUAUCAUUAUGCGCCUUUUGCAUCGGAUCUGGUCAAUUUGGAUGAAUUGGAAAUCACCUUUUUCCUAGGGAAACCGUUUAAGCCAUUUGAUCAGCUCAUGGGGGUGUUUCCUGCGGCCAGUUCACAUGCGUUGCCAAAGGCGUACCGGACUCUUAUGUGCGAUUCAACCUCACCGAUCGCCGACUUUUAUCCUCGAGAUUUCAAGGUGGACAUGAAUGGCAAGAGGUAUGCCUGGCAGGGUGUUGCGUUGCUACCUUUUAUCGACGAGCGGCGGCUAUUGGCAGCCAUCAAGACUGUCGAACCAACGCUAACGGAUGAGGAGAGGCGGCGGAACAGUGUAAUGUUUGAGCUAUUAUUUGUGUCUUGCAGUCAUCCGUUAGCGUCGCAGAUAUUCUCAUUAUAUGAAAGAUACGGCCAUCUGGAUCAGGAGAUGAAGGCGGAAAUCAAGGAGGAAAUGAAUGUAUUUGCAAGCGGCGGCAUGAAUGGGUACUUGCAACUGUGCGAUGGCGAGGUCUGUCCGACAGUGUUCCACUCUCCAAUCAGUUCACUGGAGGAUAUUGAACAGAACUCAGCAUUGUGUGUUGUGUACAAACCGCCCCCACACCAUCGACAUGUGUCGAAGCCGCCGGAAGGUGUCAUCUUUCCAAAUACGACUAUAACAGAAGGUGAUGUCAAGGAGCCGGCUCCUCUAUGGCAUGAGGAUCAUGGCGGCAGAGGACGAGGGAGAGGGCAACCAAUGGGUGCAAGGCCACCUGUCACUGGUGCAAUCGGAGGGUCAGUGCUGGGGGCGGCAGCAUUCCGGCUGUUGACGCACAGCCUGCAACAAAGAAACGGAGUGAGCACGCCGCCACUGAUGCAGAACCCGAACCAACCACCACAGAUGCUUCUGUCUGGAGGAGUGGGAGGGGCGGGAGGCGGCCAAGGAGCGAGAAGGGGUUUUGGCAUGGGAUUGCUGGGCAUGCAGUCUCCCUACCAGCAGGGCCAGCCCUCCGGGCAUAACCAAAUAGGUGCCCCAACUGGGUCCGGGCGGCAUGCACAGGGUGGGGGCGGCUUAGGAGCACAGGCAGGCGCCUUGGGACAAUCCGCCGCACCUGGUGGGCCUUCGCCCUCGACCGCAACGCAAUCGCAGCAAGGCUCGUCCCGAGGGAUAUUCCCUGUGAAUGGCUACUACUCUGCGGUCCCUGGGCAAGGCGGUACCUCUUCCUCAGCAGGAGGGAUCAUCAGCGGCAGGGGCGCCGGUUUGUAUUCCGCACGGUACCAGGGCGGAGGUCCACCGAUGCCCCCAUCUUCUUGGGGAAGGGGGCGUUUGGGUGCGCAGGGGCAUGCUGGAUUUGGACAGCAGCAGCAACAACAGCAGCAGCAGCAGCAACAGUUCCAGGGUUCGCUACAGUAUCCGACGGGAAGCUACCCUGGGGGUAGAGGGGCUGGCUCACAGGGACGAGGCGGCAAUUCGGGAAGACAGUGGGGUUGAAAGGGGGGGGGGGGGGGGGGGGGGGGGGGGGGGGGGGGGGGGGGGGGAAGGGGGAGGGGGGGGGGGGGGGGGGGGGGGGGUUGAGGGAGCAUUUGAUUGAUUAGACUAGGGAAUCUGGGUGUUUUGAAGCUCAGUUUGUGACGAGAGAGAGAGAGAGAGAGAGAGAGAGAGAGAGAGAGAGAGAGAGAGAGAGAGAGAGAGAGAGAGAGAGAGAGAGAGGUGUGGGGGGGGGGGGGGGGGGGGGGGGGGGGGGGGGGGGGGGGGCGACGGGGGGAGGACAGGAAUGGGUCCUAGAAAAUGAAUCGAAGGCCAUGCGUGUUGCAUGCCACCGCAAACUGGCAGAGACUUCGAUGGAGUGGAAGGAUUGUCAUUCACUUGCAUGCAGCAUAUGCUCUGUUGUUUUAACUUGUUUAUGUUCACCCAGUAUGCUCUGCUGGGGGGGCCUGCAAUCGGCUGAACAGCAUACUCUGCUGGGGGGGCGCAAUUGGCUGAAGGGUCAUUUUACCAGAGAGGAGGCAGGGCUGGCUCACAGGGACAAGGUGGCAAUUCGGGAACACGGUGGGGUUGAAACCGGGGCGGGGGGGGGGGGGGGGGGGGGGGGGGGGGGGAGAGGAGGCAGGGCGAGGAGGAGAAAGUGUCCUACAAAAGGAAAACGGAGGUCAUGUGUGUUGCAUGCCCGUGCUAACUUGCAGACUUGAGGAUCAUGCAAGUGGAAGGCUUGUCAUUCCCGUGCGUGCAGCAUGCUCUGUCGGUUACCUGCACCCAGCAUACUCUGCUGGGGGGCGCAAUUGGCUGAAGGGUCAUGUCAGCAGUGGAGGAGGUAGAUAGCUAGAUCUCUUUUUUCUUUUCUCUCUUAGGGAAUCAAUGGCUUCGUGUUUUUGCGCUGAGGUUGGUUGUCUGUGCAGCCAAGUAGGUGGCAUGUCAUCCCUGUCGGAGCUACGAGGGCAUACAGGGCCACGGGAAAAGGGAAUGGGAUCUGGGUCGUCACGUAUGAAAAAGCGGGAGUCUACAGGGGGGUUGUUGGAGGUCGUCGGGGGGCGAGGAGGUUCUGACGCUUGUUCGCAGAAGCGCCAAUGGAGGCAGGAUUUUGGACUGAGGGAGAGGGGCCAAGCUCAUGCUUAUGGUUGUAAUAGGAUUCGGAAGAUGGUUAGCUCUAGACGAUCGUCACGAAGUGCUAUGCUGUAUAGACGAUCAUCGCGAUAUGCUAUUAUGCUGUAUAGCAGCUCCUUGCUUGUUUUCUUCUGGCGGAUCUGUGCUCGUAAAUAGCUGCUUUCCAUGAAAAGCUGUGGUAAUCAAAUUGCAAUUCCUUGCUGUUUGUUACUUCGCAGAUUCUCCCACACCGAUCAGUGGGACUGGCACUGCGAGUAUUGAUGGUCCUAAAUUUGAUUUUCAGUUCCAAAUGAUGAUCCUGAUGUGAUGGCAGAUACCGCUUGGUUGUCGAAACGGUAUAUUCGGAGGAUUCGUAGUGUGCAGAUCUGAGGGUGACGGUGGUAUUUCUUUCAGUUGUUUCUCUCCCUCCAUGCAUACAUGUCGCUUGAUGCAAGCAUCCCAAAGGACAAAAUUGGCGCGCUUCACAGCCGUUUGCUCUAGACAGUGAUGAUAUCUGCUUUCUUUGAGAGUUUGGUGCUUUCUCAUUGCAGCAGCAGAAAAUGAACAGUGAUGCUUUAUGGCAGUUUAUGCAGUUUUGCCGGGAGUUUCAAGCAUUUGCGCACGUGUUUGCUUGUCGGCAGCAGAAGACGAGCAACACCCACCCACCCCACACAAUGGCUCUCAAGUAUAGAGCUAGGAAAAAUGCAUACCUAGGCGAGAAGGUCUCGAGUUCCUUUCCAAUUG